CCCUCUCUCUCUCUCUCUCUCUCUCUCUCCGUAUACUUCUAGCUUCAAUAUAGAUCUUGGUUGGUCUCUCAGAAAUUAACCAAAGCCUUGCAAGUAUGGCUAAAUAUGCAGUUGAUGCAGAGUAUGUUAAAGAAAUCGAGGAGGUUCGUCGCGAUCUUCGUUCUUUUAUCACUAAUAAAAAAUGUGCUCCUCUCAUGCUACGAUUAGCGUGGCAUGAUGCUGGUACAUACGACGCAAAAACAAGAACAGGGGGUCCAAAUGGUUCUAUCAGGAAUCAACAAGAGCUGAACCAUGCUGCUAACAAGGGCUUGAAAACAGCCGUUGAAUUAUGUGAGGAAGUGAAGGUUAAACACCCCAAAGUUUCAUAUGCGGACCUUUACCAGCUAGCUGGGGUUGUGGCUGUAGAGGUCACUGGUGGUCCAACUAUUCAGUUUGUUCCCGGAAGAAAGGAUUCAUUGGAAUCUCCACAAGAAGGUCGCCUUCCAGAUGCCAAACAAGGCGCAUCACAUUUAAGAGAGAUCUUUUAUCGCAUGGGUCUCACUGAUAAAGACAUUGUAGCUCUCUCUGGAGGCCACACUUUGGGUAAGGCACAUAAAGAUCGCUCUAACUUUGAAGGUCAAUGGACUAGAGACCCUCUCAAGUUUGAUAACUCUUAUUUUGUGGAACUAAUGAAAUUGGAAUCAAACGAUUUAUUGAAGCUUCCCACAGAUAAGGCUCUAGUUGAUGAUCCUGCGUUCCGCAAAUAUGUUGAACUCUAUGCUAAGGAUGAGAAUGCAUUUUUCAGAGAUUAUGCAACAUCACACAAGAAACUCUCUGAAUUAGGCUUCAAUCCCAGUUGCAGUUAUCGUUCCCAAUUGGCUAAGGCAGCUUUAGGAAUGGUUAUUGCCUCAACUGUUGUGGUGCUGGGUUACUUACUUGAGCUGAACAAAAAAAUCAAUUGAAAUAUUAUUACUACAUUAAAUUGUACUUUAUUUGUUUCUCAUAAAAAACAUGCCAUCAUGUACUAUAUAAGUUGUGAAGCUCAGAAGCAUAUAUAUAUAUAUAUACUGCAUGCUCACCCAUUUCAAAAUAAAAUAAAAUCAUAUACUGCUUAAA